CUGUUGAGACGCGAUUCCGCGAUUCUCGGUCGGCCGUGCCUGCAAAAAUCGAUCUGCAGAGGAGGGAGUAGUGCAGUAGUUUUUUCCGUGCGGUGAUGUCUUCGCUGGCCAAAAUGGAAACGUGCCGUCUUCAUCACCCGUGUGUGUUACACUAGUCGAAAGUGCCGAGCCCGUGGACUACUUUGUGACCUCGCUAGACUAUCAAGGAUGACCAAGGACCGACUGGCCGCCCUCAAAGCGGCGCAAGGAGAAGAUGACGUCUCGGUCACGGUUGAAGAUGGUGCCAGCUUCAUGGACGAAUUUUUUGCAGAGGUGGAGGAGAUUCGGGAAAACAUCGACAAGAUACAAGCCAAUGUGGAAGAAGUGAAGAAAAAACACAGCGCAAUCCUGUCUGCGCCACAGACAGAUGAAAAAGUGAAGCAUGAACUGGAGGACCUUAUGGCCGACAUCAAGAAGACUGCCAAUAAAGUGCGAGCCAAGUUAAAGGUCAUGGAGCAGAACAUCGAACAGUUGGAGCAGACGCAGAUGAUGUCCGCAGACUUCAGGAUACGCAAGACGCAGCAUUCAAUGCUGUCCCAGAAGUUUGUGGAGGUGAUGACAGACUACAACAAGACCCAGACGGAUUACAGGGAGCGGUGCAAGGCCCGUAUUCAGCGGCAACUAGAAAUCACUGGGCGAAUGACAACCAACGAAGAGCUUGAGGAGAUGCUGGAGAGCGGGAAUCCUGCCAUCUUCACCCAAGGGAUCAUCAUGGAGACUCAGCAGGCCAAGCAGACGCUGGCGGACAUUGAGGCCCGCCAUGCGGACAUCAUCAAGCUGGAGACGAGCAUCCGGGAGCUGCACGACAUGUUCAUGGACAUGGCCAUGUUGGUCGAGAGUCAGGGUGAGAUGAUAGACAGGAUCGAGUACCACGUGGAGCACGCCAGGGACUACAUUGAGACUGCCAAGCAAGACACCAAGAAAGCGCUCGUCUACCAAAGCAAGGCGCGGAGGAAAUGCAUCAUCAUAAUCGCCGUGGUGGCCGUGAUAGUCGUCAUCAUAAUCAUCAUCCUCGCGGUGAACCUGGCCUGAAGUGCUCGACGAGAUCCUUCCGGAAAGGAAGGCGACGACCGCCCACCCCCAGCAAUCCUCCCCAGGCGACGGAACGUGCGGCGCGAGCCAAAAGAAAAACUCGUCGUAAAAGCGUCCGUCUGGAGAGGCAAACACUGCUACCAACGGAAAGGUCCACAAGAAGGCUCCUGUUGCUGGGUUCGAUCCAUACUACCGUAGAGGGCUUCCGUCGACGGAGACGUCUUCCUUAAAUGUGGCUGCACAAUUUUUUGUGGGGUAGGUCUUUGUUGAAGUAGGGGAAAGGCUCGUUCGCACAAUUGGGGUUUGAGUGUGCUCACUCGCGUCAGAUUCCCUCGUAAACCAAUUCGAAUUCUUCAUUUUUCAGCAUUGGGAGAGGGGAGGCAGAGGAGGAAGCAAAUUGGGAGCUGCUUUCUUCGGUCGGAAGCAUUUCGGGGCCGCCCGACGGGCGACGCCGGUUAACGCAUCGGCACCGUCCGUCGGGUGGCCCCAGAACGUUUCCGACCCGCGUACGUAACUAAACGCUUCGCAGUGUUUACGAGGUCGGUUCUACGCGUCUUAUAUCAGAAAUAGUCUCUCGUAGCGUCGCCAGAAAUAUUUCGAUCCCAAAAUAAAAGAAUGACGUGUAAAAAACGAUAAAAAUAUGUACGCAGGUUCGAAUCAAGCGGUUACCACUCGAGCACGCUCAGACUGCAGAUGCAUUAAGCGGCCUGAACACGCUCCUCCGAAGCUCGCGUUUAGUCGGACAAUUCCACGUCGGCCGAGAACGUCGCCGGCCGUGCCUUUUGCCCGUCUCGCUUCGUGGGGAAGGGGGGUUUGCUCGCGAUUACUUCGUUACCGGCAUUAUUUCGUAACUCACUUUUGGGUCGAAACGUGCGCGGCUGGGCCUGCUGGUCAGCAUGGGAGCCGUGUCUUCAGAUCGGUCAAGAGGAGUCCAAAGGCGGCAGACGCAUUACCGCAACCCGUUUUGACACGAGCGCGAGCGAAGGAGAAGCCGCGACACUGCGACAAUUUGAGCGCUCGUGAAGUGGAGGCAUAGUUAAAGAAUGGCGCAGUUGGAGUUCUAGCGUCGGCCUCGCUUGGACUUGCGGCGAAACGGAGCGCGGGUAGAAUCGGGGUGCGCGCCGUGUGGAAGGGAACGCCACGGCGAUCGUUUGCCCGGUCGUCUCUUUGUGCUGCCAAACGGCGACGUUCGAGGACCCUCGCGGAAACCAGUUUCCAAAUGCCUUUGCGUCGCUCAACUCGAGGUUAAUCUCGAGAACACUGCCGCGCCGCCGACCAGUGAAAAAGGGGCCAGCCGAUCUCUCUUUACCUCUCCGUGCAAUCUGGUGCUUUGGAACGAACCGCCUCUCGUUCCCUUCCGAAAGCCGGAAAACUCAUCGGUCGGGCCAUUGUUGGACAGAAGAAGACAACUAGACACGCUUUUGGCCGCUCGGUAAAAGCUCGGAAGUUUCGGGCUUUUAUAUUUGCCGAAUAAGUGCUGCUGGGGGAACAAUGACUCUGCUUGUGUGAGCUCUUUCUCUUUCUUUUUACUCGCAACUGGUUCCAGGGUUUGCCCCUGCUUGCCUUUGUGUAGGUGGAGACGUUAACGGUUCCUAUACGACGGAGGAGUAUUCUUUUAUCGGUGGCAGUUAUUGCGCCACUGUUGUCCUGCAAUGUUCCGCGGCGGGACAAGUUUCACAACGCCUCUGCCCGAAGUGCCUGUUCGUCCUCUUCCGUGUCAACUCUGCAAAUAUGCUCUCUUUUUUUUUUCUCUCUCUCGCCGAAGGAGUGCAUAAAUCAGUUUAAUGCUUUUGUUAUUUAUUGAUAUGUAUACAUGCUCUUUAAUUGUAUGAUUGUUUUUUAUACAUUUUUCUUUCUUGGUUGUUUUUGGUUUUAAAGCUCAAGCUUCUUGUUGUUUGUGGCUUCGAGACUCGACCCUACUGUCUUCCAUUUUGUGAUUUGCUGGGGCCUCGGAACUCUCUUCUCGAGGCAUUUGUGGUGUGUAGCGUGACGCCAAGAAAGGAUCAAAUCUGCAAACAUAAAAAAGCGAGUCAUAAAAAAAAAAAAAAAAAAAAAUGUGGCAUUGCGUUUUAUUUAACUUUUGCGUGCACAUGCUCGUGGUCGCACUCCCGCGACGCACUUUUCACACACACACACAUUUGACACUAUGUGUUACUUGUUGAAGCAUGCGAAAUGUUUACAUGGAUUAGAAGCAAGGAGGUUACUGCCUCGCGUUUUAUUUCGGGGCUUCACCUAUUUGGAACGUGAACCUGCUGCACGUUGGUUAGUCUGUAGAGAUGUGCAGGAGAAGCCGACGAUACAUAACAUGCCGCCAUGUAAAUCGGAUAAUCACAAAACACACCUGUUGCGUGUCAUUGGCUGUAUUUGGGGUUAAACUUCUAUCUUUGAAAAUGGGUUGCGGCUCAAGAUAGAUUGCUCAAAAUAUUGGAUUGACCCAAAAAUAACGACCCAACUUUUACAUCUCAAUUGAAACCGUAGUCAUGCAUUCGUGUAAAUGUGGAACUUUCUGUGACUGAAAUAUCACCGUGGCUGAGUAAAAAAAUCUUGGGAGAAGAACUGGCGGUUUGGUCUAGAGUCGCGCAGCAUUUAGCGAAUAUUCGAAGCAUUGACUACCAUCUGCCUCUGUAGCAUGUAAUGCCGGAGUGCCAGCUUAGAUGAAUUUUACAUUCCUUUCAGUACUUUAUUUGACACGGGAUCAAAAGCCUCGCUGGAGCACUAAAACUGACGGAUUACAAGCCUUCCUUUUUCAUAACUGCCUCUGUCUCGUAUCUUUGUGCUGUCAAACAUGUCUGCAAAACUGGUUCCCACCUCAUUUCUCCGACGAUUCUCUGUUGUUUGAAACUUGUUGUAAAGUCUCUGAACAAACUUAUUUUACCUUUGAAUUUUGUUUGUCACACAUUUGAGAGAGUUCUCUGCUCUUUCCUGCUAAUCGACUAGUUUUCGCUAAACUUGGGGACUCUGAUUUUCGGAGGCCAUCCCACCAGCUGAUGGAGUGAUGAAGAAUGUGGUUUGCUAAAGUGGUUUUUAUUUUCUUACGGUACUGUCUCUUUUUGUUGUUGUUUUAAUUUCUGUAUUUCUUCAUUUGGUUUCGUACAAACAUGACAUUCUCUUCUGAUGUUUGGUUUGGACAUCGUGUGGCAGAUUAGCGGCACCUGCGUCUCCCCUCGGUGAGUCAGGUUUUUUGUUUUUGUUUUGUUUGUCCUUUUGUUCUGACAAGUUUUGCUUUGUUCUUUCCGAUUUUGAGCUUGUGCAGCACAAACAUGUUGGGCUCAUUAUCCCCUGCUGCUGUACUGUGCUUGAGUCAUCUAAUGAAGCUGUUGUGUCACAUUUAUUGAGAUGUAAAAUACACUUUCAAGGCAGCACAUUUACCCAGCCAGUUGUGUCAAUUCAGUUCUACCGUGUUUUUCACACUGCUCCGGGUUAAGAACGUCCUUAUUCGGGUAUUUUUAAGCCGCUUGUUAACAAAGACUUUUUUUUACCGCUCUGGCUUCCUGAAAUUUUAUUUAGCUUUCAAAUAUUGUUUGAAAAGUAAUAGUGUAGUAUGUAAAUGUUGAUAUGCACUUUUUUUUUUCCAUGUCUCAAUGCUUUGAUAGUUUCAAGGAAAUAACUAUUUUUUAUAACUGUGAAUUGGCGGUUAGACCAGUGCUGCACAAUUGACACACGGAGGUCUUGGGAUUGCGAGGUAGUGGAGCAUUAUAAAAAUGUCAAACUCUGUCCGCGUCAAAGUUGGCAAGUGCGGUAAAUCUCGUAAUUCUUUGCAAAAAUGUUCUGUUCUGAUGAAAAACAAAUUUCAUACUUUUUUUAAAUCAACAGAACUGUGACCCGAAACCCUUUUAGAGCACACCUCCUAGGCACCCAUUUCCGUGUUUUGCGGCGUCGGCGUAACCGCGCUAAAUUUAGCGGAAAAACUGACGUCACGUGACCUCAACACGAAUUCAAUUCCCUGGUAAAUUUAGCGGAGAAAUUGAUUUGUUCAUGGGUGAUGUGACACGAAGUCAUGUGACAUCGUUUUUCCCGCUAAAUUUUGCAAGUCCGAAAAAUCGGUCAGCAGCUGUACUAGUCUUCUCGCGCUGUAGCAGAAUCAAGUCUGAUUGAUUCUGUAGAUGUUCGAAGAGCAGGAAGUUCAUUUUUUCUUAAAGUGCGGAAGCUUGUGUUUAUGCUUCGGUGGGCCAAAAAGGCCAAUACAGCGUGACUUCUGUUUUGGGUUUACAUGAAGCUUUAAAAGCCUCUUGCGACUAGAGAAACCAGUUGACUGCAGUGGUGUCUUGUUCAUCCGCAGAAGAAAAUCAUGAUCCUGAUCUGCGUGGUCAUUCUGGUCAUCAUCCUGGUCUCCACGCUGGGCAGCUGGUUGGGCAUGUCCUAAGGACGUCGAGAGGAAAGCAGCCGGUGACAUCUGGUGUCCGACCCAAGGAACUCCCGCACGACCCGCUGCAAGAUGAGGAGAGCUCUGCUUUUUCGUUGUUUUCAUCGUACGCUAGAGACAGAGGAGACCUAAUGUCCUGCAAAGCGGCAAGAACCCCAAAGAGUAGUUCCUCCGGAUCCCACCAGGGGGCUGCAUGCACGCGGUAGCGCCACCUGCCGGCGGUUGGGAGGAGCGAGGAGUGUGUAGACCGCUUGCAUAGAAAGCGGCGUGGUAGGCCGUAGAGUCCCGCAGAAGUUUAACGAGUCGCUGUCACUCGGGGUAAGGGGACGGACCUUCCCAGUACUGAAUCUCGUUAGUAUGUACACAGAGUAAGCAUCGUUUGAGGAAUCGCUUGCAGAUGAACUGUCGGUUGCGCUCGACUUCAUUUCGGUGGGACUCUGUGGAAGGCGAAUUGUUGUUGACUGCCCCGGUUUUGCGGCCUUUGAGUGUCCUGUUCCUCGGUGCGAGUACCGUAGAUGUGUCUGCGUUUGUUCGACUAUAUUGGUUUGGUUCGUUCCUUUCCACUGGUGUGCUGGCAAUAACAACCCCCAAUUUUGAGGAGUUGGUGAGGAAGGAGCGUGGUCAUACUGUUGGCCGGUUCCUGGCCGGCUAUUGGUCAGCUGCUGGUUAGUAUUGGUCGGCUGCUGAAUGACCAUCGGUCAACUGUUGGUCAGUGGCUGGUUGACCAUGGGCCAGCUGUUGGACGACGGUUGGCCGUCUGUGGUGUGGUGCAUGUGGUCACUUUCAACGGGGCAGCCCCGAAUGAGACUGCAGAAGGUUGCUUUGUGGUUGCCGACGAAUGGGUCCGCCUGAACGACGUUCUUUCACAACAAUCAUGCGUAUCCUCUUUCUUGCGCCAACCGCCUGUCCGGGGACCGCGCAGUCGCCGGGACUCGUCCAAGGUGUCGGGUCUGUUCCGGCGAGGCGCCUGUUUUUCGUUUUCUCGGUCCCCGAGCGCGUAGAAAAGGUUGACUCUUCUUCUCGUUGUCGCUGCAAACACAAGCCGAUACUGCCAGUGACGUCGUUGGUGACAUCACAGAUCUCCCCGUCUGCCUCUCCUGUUUACCGUAUUGGCGCGUCAGUCAGGUCAAUAGUGCUACUUCACCCCUCGUCUUUUUCCUACACGUCUUUCUCUCGCCGACGGGUCGUUGCGUCGUCCGUGGGCCGAGCAUUUCUAACCUGCCCCAUGUUUGUUCUUCGUUUCCUUGUUGUUCGUGUCCUUCAUUUCAACUCCGGAACGUUCCUCCGACGUUCCGCGUGGCUUCUGCGUGCGUUCUUGAGUUCAAGGGAGAGAGAGUCUGCCGAGAAAAAAAAAAAAUGUGUGUGUCACUCUUUGUGAAAUGGUGCUAAGUUGGUGUACCCACCCAACGGGGGGGGGGGGGGGGGACACAGGCGCGCAUGGAUGUCUAGCGGUGCGUUGGACUGCCUCGAAUUCUCUUGUCGUUUCAGACUAUAUACAUAUAUUCUCCUAUACAUAAUGUAUAAUUCCGUGUGGAAGCUGGUGACGGAGGAGUAAAGGAAAAAAAGGGCGGAAAGCUGUAAUACGGUCUGUACUAGGCAACACAAGCAAUAGCUCUCUUUUGCACUCCUGUGGGCGGUUCAGGAACGUGCGGAGCAGAUCUGACUCAGGUUCUAUCUCGGUAAAAUGUCUGUGCUAGGCCGUCGUAGCAGCGCAUCUCUUGUCUACGUGGGGAUUUAAAUCGGUGUGCAUUCUCUACAUGGUUUUUUUGUUUGUUUAGUUCUCUAAGGCUUGCCAUCAGGUUGUGCACUCUUCUUCUGCCAGUUGCCAUCACGUAGGAAGAGAGCGCGGGCAGAAUAAGCGACCAGAACGGUAAUAAAGACAACGACUGCAUCUCGUCCUUGAGUGCCGAUCGGCCCUUUGGCCGAUCGGUGCACGAUUGGAACGUUGGCUGCGGGAAAGGAGGAAAAAUAAUAAUAAUAAUAAUUGCUGUUGUUUUCACCAUAGCAAUCCCCGCGUCGUCUUAUCCUCAGUUUUCGUAGGUACGACUUCUCCGGUGCGCGCGCAGCAGUGUCUUGUCAGCAUCACAUUCUGUAAAUGUCCCUCUCUCUCGCUCUCUCUCUCUCUAUCUUUGAUCUAGCAGUUUUUUUGUACAUAAGUACAACUCUGUAAAUAUAUACACGUAUAUAAAUAAAUAUAUACGAUAUGCAUACAUGCGUACCUAUAAGCUCGAGCUCUCUUUUACUUCUCAGAUUCGCGCCCCCGCCCCCUCUUCCCUCACCAACACCUCAUACUCGGUUUUAGCCAAUCAAAUCCAUUGUUGACACUUAUAGGGCAAUCUAAUCGCUGGCAGUGCCGGCACGUUCCCUCAUGUUUCUGUGGACGUGCGCCCGUUCUUACUACUAUUGUUUUUUUCUUUGAUGGUGCACCAAGCUUCGCGAGAUGCAGUGGUCUCUUUUCGCUUUUCCGAUCUGAUGACAAACGAACUACUCGGAAUCUGACUGCGCAUGUCGACCGCUAAAACAGAAGCGCCCAUACCAUCCAUCUCCGGGAGCGCAAAUAUACCAUUUGGAAGUAAAGAAAGAAAAGUGCAAUUGAGCAUAUCCUGUAUUCCUGUUGAUUGUUUGCGUCUGCCAGAGACGGUUGUGGAAGCGUAAACGUGGAACCCAAGCGCACUUCGACUGCCUUGCACGUUUCCAGCAUCGCUUCGAGGAAGCCCGCAAGAGAGGAGAAAUGAUGUGCGGCUCUUUGGCGUUUUCCAUGGGUACCAAUUACCUUUACAUACAUAGCAAGCAGUUGUUCCUUGCGGCAAGAGGUUGUUGCUUAUCUGGUUUCCGCUCCCGGUCGUACGAAGCCCCCAUACAUUUCGGCCUGCUACGAUCUCUGUAGCCUCCGUUUAUCAGUUGCAGAAUAUCCGCAAAAGAGUUUCUUUUCACCUUCCUUUUUGUUGCAACAAGAUUGCUUCGCUUUGACGUGAUAUCUGUCUUUGAUAGCCCCGCCCCGCUCGGAGGUUUCGACGCGUAUCGUUUGAUGAUGGAGUUGGCUUUGGAAACGUGUCCGCCUGCCGUAAACGUCUCCCACACCGGGCACACGCUUCAGAUGUCUGUUCGGCCACGACGGUUCCCCCACUAAAUUUGGUUAUCAUAGUCCAUUUGUCAGUAACAUUACGAAUGAACUGUGCAUAGAGCAACGAAUUCUUUUUUUUAUGGGCGCUUUUUUGUGAGGCGCUGUGAAAACAACAAUCUUAGAACUAGAACUUUGUUUCCCAGCACGCCUUCUGCUCAGUGUUGCUGGACGUUUCUACAGGUUAACAUUGAUUCCGACGGACUCUUUUAUUUUUUUCUUUCUCGUUACUUAAGCUUUCCAUGUUGUAGCAAUCUAGGACUGUGUAUAUAAUAUACGAUAAUACCUACCUGUUGGAAUAGAUAGGUAUUGCUAAUAAUAUAUGUGUGUGAAUCAGAAAGCGCUCAUCUGUGACUCCUUCUACAGAGAAUGGCACCUCGAGAAUACUAUUGUCCAUUGGAACUUCCCGCGCGGAAGCCACUUUCUACACUAUCUAGGUAAAAAUAGUGUUAAACCCAUGAUGCUUCAGGCUUGAACUGUGUAAUGGCUGUUUCCGAGACUUCAAACAAGUGCUUCUUUUUAUUCUUUAAAAUGUUGAUUUCUGCAUUGUAUCAGCUCGAACUCAUGACUUGUCUUUCGCCAUUGACCACUGCAAUUGUCUUGUUUUUUUGUUUUUUUCAUCUCGCCCGGUGUUGAAAACACAAAAGAAUAAGGACUGCCUCUUUUUAAAAGUGGUCUCUGUCGUGUAAUGAGAGGAAAACCAGUGUCUAUAUUGUUAGUUAGCUUAUGCGAGUCUGAAAUCAUCCAGUAUUGCUUUAGAGUUUUGACGCAGGCUUUCAAAGCGGACUCCCGAGCAAGACGGUGUCAUUCUUCAUUUGGAGCUUGUUUUAAUAGCCAAUGUCUUCCGUACAACCGACCAUCACACGCGUCUUGUUUGUUUGUUACUCAUUCUUUUGUUUGGUCGACGCGCAUUGCGUUUUAGAUCAUUCUGCGGAGUGUUUGGGGGCAAGCUGGUGCAUUCCACCUCGCCCGCGCUUCAAGUUUUUCUGUUUGUGAGCGAUCAAUGUAGAUGCCUUAUUGACACACGAGGGAAUGUGAAUCCGAGAAAACUUCUGCUCCCGGUAUUUCCCUCACUUCGUAAAAAUAAAAUAAAAAAAAAGAAUCCCUGGCUGUGAUUUUUUAAGAGUGGCAGUUUGCAACAUUAUAUGACCCGUUUGCUUUUUCCUGUUCAAAGCGUUCAAUUUAUGUGGCAUGUUGGGCGUUUCAAGCUUUUAACUGUUGGGCUCUUGAAAUAUCAGCUUGAGAACAAAUAUGAAAAAAAGAAAGAUGCUGAAUGUUGGCACCUUUGUUAUCUCAGGCUUUUUUUCUUUGGUUUUUCUUUUUGGCUAUUGGUACUGUUGACAAUGUUUGAUUUAAUUAAAAAGAAAAUGAUAUGCCUAUGCACUCUGUUUUAAUAUUGUUUCUGUUUGUGUACAUAAGUGAUAUAAUUUCAAAUAAACAAUGAUUCUGCCCUCUAGAA